AUCGAUUACACUCAAAGUCUCAAAGUCACAGUCAUAAAGCAUAAUCAUUCACUUCUCAAUUCUCACUCUGUUUUCUGCAAAUCUGAAUCACAAUGAGAAUUCUCAUUCUGCUUUCUCUCGCAACCCUUCUCCUCUUCUCCUCUCACGUUUUCUGCGAAGAGGAAGAAGAUCUCAGCUUCCUCGACGAACCCGACACCUCCUCCUCCCUCCACCACCACGAUGACGACGGCGGCGAUUUCGGCGACGACGCCGAUCUCGACGACUUCUCCGGCUACGAGGAUGCUUACAAACAGCCUGAGAUUGACGACAAGGACGUCGUCGUUUUGAAGGAUAAGAAUUUCAGCGAUGUGGUUAAGAACAACCGUUAUGUCAUGGUGGAGUUUUACGCGCCGUGGUGCGGUCACUGUCAGGCUUUAGCGCCGGAGUAUGCUGCCGCCGCCACUGAGCUGAAGGGUGAGAAUGUCAUUUUGGCUAAGGUUGAUGCCACGGAGGAGAGCGAGUUGGCUCAGGAGUACGACAUUCAGGGUUUUCCUACGCUCUACUUCUUCGUCGAUGGCAUUCACAAGCCUUAUAAUGGACAAAGGAACAAAGAAGCUAUAUUGACCUGGAUUAAGAAGAAGACGGGACCUGGCAUACACAACAUAACUUCGUUGGAUGAUGCUGAGCGCAUCUUGACCUCCGAAAGUAAACUUGUUGUGGGGUUCAUCAAUUCUUUAGUGGGUCCUGAGAGCGAGGAGCUUGCUGCUGCUUCAAGACUUGAGGAUGAUGUCAAUUUUUAUCAAACUGUGAAUCCUGAUGUGGCUAAGCUUUUCCAUAUUGACCCUAAUGUUAAACGCCCGGCUUUGAUCCUGAUCAAGAAAGAAGAGGAAAAGCUGAACCAUUUUGGUGGCCAAUUUGUAAAGUCUGAAAUAGCAGACUUUGUCUCAUCCAACAAGCUUCCUCUGGUAACCAUUUUUACAAGAGAAAGUGCACCAGCAGUCUUUGAAAAUCCAAUCAAGAAACAGUUGUUGCUGUUUGCAACUUCAACUGACUCAGAAAAAAUCCUCCCAUUGUUUCAAGAAGCAGCAAAGUUUUUCAAGAAAAAGUUGAUCUUUGUAUAUGUGGAGACGGAUAAUGAAGAUGUUGGGAAGCCUGUAUCAGAUUACUUUGGUGUCAGUGGGAGUGAUCCACAGGUACUUGCAUAUACUGGAAAUGAUGAUGGAAAAAAAUUUAUCCUUGAUGGAGAGGUGACUGUUGACAAAAUUAAGACAUUUGGGGAAGAUUUCCUCGAAGACAAGCUAAAACCAUUUUUCAAGUCAGAUCCGAUUCCUGAAAGUAAUGAUGGUGAUGUGAAAAUAGUUGUUGGGAAUAAUUUUGAUGAAAUUGUCUUGGAUGAGUCAAAAGAUGUUCUCCUUGAGAUUUAUGCUCCCUGGUGUGGCCAUUGUCAAUCAUUGGAACCAAUAUACAACAAACUUGCAAAACAUCUUCGUGGUAUUGAGUCUCUUGUCAUAGCCAAGAUGGAUGGUACAACAAAUGAACAUCACAGGGCAAAGUCUGAUGGAUACCCAACUCUUCUAUUCUUCCCAGCAGGAAACAAGAGUUUUGAUCCUAUUACUGUUGACACAGAUCGCACGGUGGUAGCUUUUUACAAGUUCCUCAAGAAACAUGCUUCAAUUCCAUUCAAGCUCCAGAAACCAGCCUCAACUUCUGAAUCCGAGAAUUCUGCUGCUAAAGGGAGCUCUGAUGCCAAAGAGAGCCAGAGUAGCGAUAGCGAUGUGAAGGAUGAAUUGUGAGGAUUUUAGUUCUAUUUAUAGAGUUAUGAUUCAGACACAUGAAGACAUAGUGACUAAGAGAGAACAACCCCAAUUUCUUCUCACCCCUGGCCAAUAAAAGGCAAAGAAAAGGGGGGAGAUGUGGGCAGUGGAGGCAACAUAUUGUAUUAUUAUUCAACUUUGAUAUGUUAGAAUUUUGGUUGAGGCUUUAAUAAAAAUAUCCACUAUAUUUUAGUUUA